AUGACCUCUCCGCCAAGGCCCUCCCGACAGUGGCCCCAGCCUGUUCAGACCCAGCAGCAAGAUGCAAGUACCAAGCCCCAAAGCGUCGAGAGCCUCCUCUUCGGCCUGGUCCCGCUACGCAGCCUCCAAUACUACCAUGAAUCCAUGAUUCUCGCCAAGACCAGGGGUGCCAAGAUGGUCCAGCACGCACGCGUACGCAAGCAAGCAAGCAACCUCCCCAUCCGGGCCCCUCCGAGGACUCUCCCAAGAGAAGGAGAGAAGAGAAGAACAGACGCAGGAAGAGGAGAGAGUACCGAGUAG